CCACCAAACACAACACCCUCCACACCACACACAGUCACACACACACACACACUCCCUCACUGUAUGUACGUAUCUAUAUAUCAUAAACACAUUUCACAUAUGCGCGUGUUCAAUAAGCCAUAUACACACACACAUUUUCUUCUUCUACGCCCUAAACACGUUCUUCACAACCCUAAUUUCACACGCCAUUUUCACAAUUCUUCCUUUUCUAGAUCUGAAACAACACACAGGUAACCUCUAUUCAUCACCACACACUUUCAUACAAUCGAUUCUCCCUUCUAUUUCACAUUUCACAUUGCACAAUUUCAUUCAAUUUUGCCUAUUUUCAUCCGAUCUGAUCGCAAAUGUUGGUUAUACAGCUCUAGCUCAUCGUUACUCGAAGAUUCGCUAGGUUUUUUAGCUCUUUAGUUUCAUAAUUCUGUUAGAAUUCCGUUAGAUUCUGUUAGAUCUGGAAAUGAGCCAGUAAUCUGUGUUGUUUUAAUAGAAAUUGAGUUAUAUAUAGACAUAUUCUGAUAGAUAUAUAUUUUAUAGAUUAUAUUAGAUUUACUGCUUUAAAUGUAUAUGGCAAUGCCAACGGGAAACGUGGUUGUUCCGGAUAAAGUGCAGUAUCCUGGCGGUGCUGCGGUGGUGCCGACCGCUGGAGCUGCAGGCGGUGGGAUCGGGUGGUAUCCGGAUGAACGAGAUGGAUUUAUAUCGUGGUUGAGAGGUGAAUUUGCGGCCGCGAAUGCGAUUAUUGAUUCGUUGUGUCAUCAUUUGAAGACUGUGGGUGAACAGGGGGAGUAUGAUGGGGUGAUAGGGUCUAUACAGCAGAGGAGGUGUAAUUGGAACCCUGUGCUUCAUAUGCAGCAGUAUUUUUCAGUGGCUGAGGUGUUGAACGCGUUGCAACAAGUGACGUGGAAGCGGCAACAGCAACAGCAGCAGCAGCAGAGUUAUCGUGGUGGUGGUUUUUAUGAUCCGGUGAAGGUUGUGGGAUCGGGAAAGGAUUAUAAGAGAGGUGGUGGGGUUGGGUAUAGGCAGGGGCAGGGACACAGGGGUGAAUUUGCUGUGAAAGAUGGGCAUAAUGCUACUGCAGAGUUCAAGAUUCCACCAAAAGUUGCGCACGGGUCUACUGGCAAUUUAGUGGGGAUUGAAGUUUCCAAAUCUGAUGACAAAGAUGUUAAGCUUGCCAAGUUAAGUGAUGGUCUAGGCACAAAACCUCAAAUAGAUAACGAGGGAAAGGAGGUGGAUGAUAAUGCUAACUCAAAAGGGUUUACUAAUGCACAUUCAGAGAACGAUUCAUCUUCGUUGCAUACAUCACAGCAGAAGCCAGAUGUUUUGGCUAUUGCAAAAACUUUUGUUGGCACUGAGAUAUUAGAUGGCAAAACGGUUAAUGUGGUUGAUGGAAUGAAGUUGUAUGACGAGUUAUUUGAUGAUUCUGGAGUUAGAAAAAUGGUUAGCUUGGUAAAUGAUUUACGGGCUGCAGGAAGACGGGGACAAUUUCAAGGAAAUACAUUUACUGUCUCUAAAAGACCGAUGAAAGGUCAUGGAAGAGAGUUGAUUCAGUUUGGCUUGCCUAUUGUGGACGCACCGUUUGAUGAUGAAGCCAUCAGUGGAACCUCUAAAGAUCGGAAAAUCGAACCCAUUCCAAGCUUAUUUCAAGAAUUCAUCGAAAGACUAAUCUCCAUGGAAAUUCUGAAAGUGAAACCAGAUUCGUGCAUUAUUGAUAUCUAUAAUGAGGGUGACCAUUGCCUGCCCCAUAUGUGGCCCGGUUGGUUUGGACGGCCCGUUUGUGUUUUGUUCCUGACCGAGUGUGACAUCACCUUUGGUAAAGUAAUAAGCUCCGAACAUGCUGGGGAUUACAGAGGUUCUCUUAAGCUUUCUCUCACUUCCGGAUCGAUGCUUGUGAUGGAAGGAAAAUCCGCUGAUUAUGCUAAACAUGCGCUUCCAUCUAUCCGGAAACAACGAAUCCUUGUAACCUUAACCAAGUCACAACCAAAGAGAGCCACACCGGCUCCACUAGUACCUCCGGCCCACUGGACCCCACCGCCUAUUAGGUCCCCGAAUCCAGUGGGGCCCAAACACUAUGUGCCGGUUCCAACGCCUGGGCUUCUGCCGCCUCCAAAUGGAGUCCAACCCAUAUUUGUUCCGGCGGCAGUUGCACCACCCAUGGCUUUUCCAGCAGCACCACCCAUAGGUGGAGGAGCAUGGGCGGCAGCUCCGCCUCUGAGGCAGCAUGCUCCACCUGGCACCGGAGUUUUCCUUCCUCCAGGAAGCAAUAAUGGGGUUGCAAAGCAUGAUGAUGAGGAUGCGAUAUCCCCGAAAGAGAAAGAGAAAGAGAAAGUGGAAGAUUGCAAAGGUGGUUUGGAUGAAAGUGAUGGUAAAACCGUUGUGGUUGAAACAGAAGGAUGAUGAAACCGCCAGCAGAGGAUCAGUUUAGAGAGAGAAAGAGGAAUUCGUUGUGAGCCAGAAAACUUCAACCGGGUUGAAGCAAAAUGUAAAAAGCGGGAAGAGUGAAAUCCUUCGGUUUUUUUGUCGUCUUGCUGCAAGAACAUGAACACAAACUCUAAAUUUAGCUCAAUUUACACAUUAGUUAUGCAUUUCAAGUUUGUCCCA